UGGAGGACGAGGAGCGACGUUCUGAUCGAAGAAAAAACUUUCAUCAAAUCUAAAAUCUACAGGCUAAAAUAAAAUGAAAGGACAUCUCCGAUCACUGCCACAUACUACUGAUAAUCCGCUGGAGGGGAUAUGAUGAGUGAAAUAAAAAUCUUCGAAGACGUUAGCCAUCAAUUUGAUCGAGAAAAUGAAGUCUGUGUAGAAAAACUUUUCACCUCCUUCUGCAACCAUGUCACGCUUGGACAGUGGGAGCUGGCUAGAGUCUGUCUUAGAGGAUUGUAUGAGAGAAGAAAGCACCUGGAUAAACCUUUGAAGGAGAUACUGCGAGCGCUUAUAGAUCAGCCGACGUUGGUCAGUAAUGGUUCUCCAUCUGUCACUUCUCCCUUUCACCUCUCCUGGUUGUGUCUUGUGGAAUAUCUCGGUUUAUUCACUGCUCAGGAGGACAAACUCCCAGCUCCUGUGGCUCAGACCGUUGAAUUUCGUUUCCUGUUAUAUCUGACAUGCAAGACGGCAUCGAAACAGAUCAUUCAGGAAUUAGACAACUUCCACUGUCAAAUGGUAUAUGGCGAUACAUCACACCAUACUUCUGAUGUAGUCACUUUCUCAAGCUCUUGCCUACACUACAUGGAAAAACUUCUUGAUGAGGAUCCAGCUUUUGGUCAUGCACUUAUUUCCAAACUUACUGGACGAAACAAAAAUGUGCUGGAAACAAACCAAAUUCUACAGCAGUUGUAUUUGAACUGCGUUACAAAAAGUCUAGAUUUAUUGGAAARUGGUUGUUCACAUUCAACAGAUGGUAGUACCGCAGCGCUAACUAGAUCAUCGUCAGGAAAGGAAUGCAAAGAAAGUGAUACUGCAUUUUUAAAACAUAAAGAACACAUUUACCUUAUACUCUCUCUUCUUAACCCUACGUCUGAAAUGACUACACUAUCAGCUACUCUUGAUUCACUCUUUGAAAAACUUAUCAAAAGAACAAAAAUACCUGGUUCAACAUGUUUAGAUAAAGGUAUAUUAUACAGCUGCCUUAUGCACAGACCGUCAACAUUUCUUAUUAAAAAGUUCUGCGACAUUGAAAAUAGGCUAAGACUGCCACUGGAUGGAGAGUUUUGUAAUGUGUUGGAUGCUGGCAAAGAGAUCUUGGGAGUACAAUCAUCUCUUGGCUGUCCUACACUUCAUGUUUGCUUGUUCCAGUCUUACGUCACUGACAGAUCAGAUGCUUGGAGGUUUCUGUACUUUCAUAGUAUGAAUGAGAAUCAUAUUCUGGGCAAUAUUGUGGAAACAGCUUUAUUAUUUAUUAAAGAUGGAGAUUUUGAUAAAGUCACUCAGCUGUUGAAUCCACCAGAGUUCAAGCUGCUAAAGCCCCUGGUGUUACUUCUUGGGUGGCCGUAUUGUUACAGCUGUGAAAAUGCUCGGCACUUAUUGGAUGCUCUCUGGGAUAGUCAGGCCCAGUUGUGUGACCCUUUACUGUAUCAAGCUUGUCAAAAAUUAGCUUAUCAAGUACAACUAGUCAAGUGGUGUUUGGAGAAAGCAGGAACUUUGCUUGCAUCCAAUGAGUCAGGAUCCACUCACCAUCAACAAGCAAGUGAUAUGUUCCAGGGUCUUGAAUCUCAUUCUGUUCUUCACGUUCUGCACAAGUCCAUAAGCCUGGAACAGCUGCCUGAGAAAGAGGUUUUCAGUCUUCUAAGAAAGAGACCAGUUUUCACACCGGCCAUUUUAGGGAAAUGUAAAACACAAGGAGCUACUUACAAAGGAACAGAAGCUGACUCUUGUACUGGAAGUGAGGUUGUUCUUGUUCAAAGUGAAGAUGAAACAAAGUGCAUUCACCCGGAAGUCCAAAGAGAUCUUAUUCUGUACCACAGUUUUUGUGGUUUAAAAAAUUUUAUGGAAGGUGUUGCUUUUCAUUUGCCAAACAAACUUGACAUUUGCCACUCCUCUGACUCUACAACCAACGAAAACUCUGUCCUUUUGAAGAAGCUACAAGAUGGCAGGGAACAUUUAACACACGUGUAUCCCUUGACUUACCGCGUGGAGAUUUUAGAAGAUAUUUUUAGCUUACUGUUUGCCACGUACGAGGAUCUUUACUCGGAAAAGAUACACCAUGACAGUGAUGAUCUUGACACUGGAGAUGAUGAAACGAAGAGCAUAACAACUAGUCUGACAGGCAGUGUAGAAAGUCUUCUUAGUAUUACAAGCACUCCAGAUCUCAAUGCUGCUGAGCACUCUGGGCAUUAUAGCCCUUUUCAAGAUCAAGAACRAGGAAGCUUCAUCCCUCCUGGUUCAACUUCUACGCCAAAUUCUCCCUCGAAGAUCAAGGGACAUUCACGUCAUGGUUCUCGCGGGAGUAAAAAGCAGUUAUUCCAGAGUAAUAAAUCUGAUUUAGACCCAAUUCCUUUAGAAGAAGGGGUGAAGAGGAUGACCGAGAUUUCUGGUGUUGAUAGAGUUCAGAGGAUUCGUGGUUUGGUUCCUCUUGUUGUGGAAAAGAACGAAGGAAAACAAGAGAGCUUGCAGAAAGAAGUAAAAUGCACACAGACAGGGGAUAGGGAAGACACGAAUGAUGAAGAGCCUAAGAUAGGGUUUAUUGCUUCUGAUGAGAUAGUAGCUGAGUAUUUGAAUGUGCUGAAAGAUUGUCUGAUGGAUCUGAACACUGCGAAAAUAAAGCAAAACAAAUCAGGGACACCUGACGUCAGGGACAGCCCAGACUGGCUGCGUUCAUCUGUAGCGAGCAGUACCUUAGAACAACGCGCUUCCAGGCUGGGCCAGUACAUCACAGAAGCCCAGUGGAGGCAUCAACUCGUUACAUGGACAGAUACCACCAAGGUACCAAGGAAUGAAAAGUCAAGGAAGGUCAGUCGUAAGUACAAGCAGAAGCGAGGAAGAGAACUAGUGGAAGAUAAGGCGGAGUAUGCAUCAGAUGAAGAAGGUACAGGUGAAGAAGGUGAUAAAGAUGCGAAGCCAAAAGGCGAUCAUGUUGAGCGGAAAGAGGACUUGGAUGCUCGCUCCGAGGAGUCAAGUUCGUAUCAUAGCCAGGAACUCACAACUGGCACUGAAGACAACACCGGAAGAACCAAGGUUCGACAAAAGCGUUCCAAAAGACCAAAACAAACCAGAAGAGGAUCAGUGUCGGAAGCAGGCCUCGUAGUAAAGGAUGAAAGCACUGUAGCACGCAUGUUAUCUUCUCCUGAAACCCUCAUCUUCAUGUGUAUGCGCAAAGACAGCUACGACCGAGCUCAGCAAGUCAUCAAGAUGUUCGAAAUGCACUCCAAGCCCAGUGCCCAAGCCGCCAUCUUCGCUGAAAAAUAUUCCAGUGCGUUCAAAGAGCUCACCAAGCUUCAACCAAAAGCGCGCCAAAGUCUCUCCCGCCGAAGCUCAGCCCCGUCACGAACAUUAGGCGCGGUUGCCAUGGCAGCAGCUUCAGGCGUGACGUCAUCGGUUGUGUCAAACCUGAUUGACGAGUUACUGACGUCACCGAAUCUUGCCUGCAUUUUGUUGCCAGAUGUUGACUGUGAGGAAGAAGCCAUCAAGAAAUCUUUGUUUUACAGAUUCGUGUCUCCCCAGUUAAUUCCAGUUAUGGUUUGUUUGGACUUGGCUUGCACUGCCAAUGUCUCGUGGGAGAUGUGUAAAAGUCUUGUUGAAACAGCGAAUAGCAGACUCGUACAAGAAGAAGAUGGUUCAUCCAAGCACGAUAGCUGUCUAGUUGGUGUAGUCAGUAUGCUUUCAGACCUUUCCCAGCUCUUGCUCCAACCAGACGAUAAACCAAAGACAAAGCUCACGAUCCUACUCUCACAAAAGCCAAAUCUCAUCGACCUUUUGUCCAGCACUCGACCAAUCCAGUACCAAUCCAGAAAGACAUCUAGGAAGAGAACAAAAGAACAAAAUGAAUCGCUGAAGAACAUGGAACAAGCUUUAGAAGAAGGCGACACUGUUAUCGCUCGAGUAGAAGAGGUUGCUACUCGGCUUAAAAAAACUAAAGUAAAAAGCUCUGGCUCUUUGACGUCGUUCAAGUUAGUCGAGAAGUCUCUUGCUGUACGCGUUGCUUUAACAGAAUUACAGAAGUCUUUUGACUGUACAACUGGUGUUGAUGACGUUUUAGGAGGGGAAAGUUUUAGAAGUCAGGAGAGAUUAGAUUAUUUAAGAACUUUGGUAUAUCAUGUUGACACUCUUGCUACUCUCUUACUCCAUUGGCAAACCAAACCAGAUGACUUACCAGGCGUUAUGGACAGCCCUGAGAAGAAUCGAGGCGUCUUGAUGAAGGCAUCAAAUCCUUUUGUCGUGUUAAACAAGGGCAUAGCAGAGACGCUGGGGAAACCAAUGUUCGAGAGAAGCGUCUCCCCUAAAAGGCUGGAAGGAAUCUGUAAACAGUUAAAUAUUAACCUUGUGAAAGUCAUAGUACACAACUGUUGUCCGCACAUACCAGCAAGUGGGUCGGGCAACAGCAAAGUAUUUCGUUGGCCCUCUUCUGAGCCCACAGUACUUAAUCAUGGGAGUCAGUGGUUGGAGAAAGCAAGGGAGCCGAACCUCGUGGCCAAGGAGCUGCUGACCAAAAUGAUCGACCUACUCACAGAUGUAGCAAAAAACAAUGAAGGACUGGUCGACGCCCGGUCAGCGGCUGUAAUAACAAAAUCCCCAGAAUUUCAUGCAGUCAUUCAAGGAACAAGCGAACUUAAAAAAAUUGACUUGGAYCUUCUUCAAACAAAUGAAUCUAAAAUAUGUUUCUUCAUUAACGUCCUCAACCUCUUAUUCGCCCACGCCUCUCUCGUCCACUUUUCCAAGAGUGACGAUGGAGAAGACUGGGACCCAAARUUCACCUUGACCCGACAUGGGUCACUUAGUCGGCUGUCAAUCACUAGUCUGRGCUGUGAUGYCGAGGACCUGGACAAACCAAGACGUGUUUCAGCACUGGAUAGGAUUUCUUUCCUCAAGCAUAACUGUUAUGAUAUUGGCCAGAUUGGACCCACAAGCGCUUUUGACAUACUCUUCGUGAUUCUCCGCUCUGGCAUGCAACCACCGRCAAUGUUCGGGCCAGCAAUUCAGUUGUGCUACCCCGAACGUCCCGCAGAUGACCCAAAAAGGAAGUACAAACUGACCAAUCCCGAGAAAAGACUGAUAUUUGCCAUCUGUGAUGGCUGCAUUUCCUCCCCAGAUCUCCAGGUGUAUGACGUCAAUGGUUUGGACGCCCAAUUAAACGACGCCGUGGUGACGUACAUCAAUCCUCGAAUCACAAUCGACGUCGCUUCUGGAAAGGUCUUACUACCUGAAUACCUUUCUUGGUACAAGAAUGACUUCCACCAAGGUUCUCUCAACGAACUCGACCUCACCCAAAGUCAAUCCUCACAGGAACCAGACAUCACCUUCCUCCUCCAAUUAGAACCAUUUCUCCUCCCAAACACAGCCAAUCAGCUCCAUGCUGUCCUCGCAGGGAUCAAAGAGGUCACCUAUCGACCAUAUUGCUGGACCUUUGGUUACAAAUUCGAGAUCUCAUCUCUGGAUCAUUCUGAUUCUAGUUCGAAUUUCCAGCGGUCGAGCUCUGUACCUGACAGUCUUUACCUUAGUAUGGAGUACAGUACUUCGUCUUUGAAGUCUUUAGAUACGAGGGGACGAUUCAGUCCUAAUAAAGCAACAUUAGAAUACCUUCAAAAGACAUCUCCUUUGAUGUUCACGCUAGUGGAACUCGUUUGUGAGUCGAGRAAUGAGCCGAAGUCCAGAAGUCCAAGCCAUGAAGUAAUCACUAAAGAAAAAGCACCCGAGGCGCAGUCAGAUGCUCAAGACAAACCCAACAUCUCAAACGAAUCGGUUUUCAGCUCUAUCCUUAAACGAACCGCAUCGUUCCCGACUCUUCAGCGUUAUCUCGCCGCUCGCUUCUACUGCUUAUCUGAACUACUCGUGGGAGCCGCAGUAGAGAGCGACUCUGUGACUGGUAGCUAUGAAUUUGUUCGUCUUGACUCGAGRGUUUCCCGCGAGGACCUCGAUGAUUCAUCUCCGCAGAUUUAUCUCUCUUCUUUAGCGCUGUCAGCCGAAGAUGCGUGUGAGCAGCAGUACGCAUGUCAAGAGUCUAGUGACUACUACCUUAGGCAAGGCAACUUCGACAUUCUUCUUGAAUUAAUCAACACCUCGUGUUUCCAUGGAGACGGCAGUGGGUCGAAACCGGUAGAUUUCUUAUUGACAUCAGCGGUUCUAAGCAGGGGAGGGCUGAGUAGCAUGUUUGUCAAGAGAAUAGAUGCGGUGUUAAGUGAUUUGAACGUGCCGUCGAUUGGGUUUACUCAUAAGUGGAAGAAGAAACCUUGGAGUCUGCUGGCGCAGAUUAAGGAUAGUGAUCACUUGGCGCAGCUCGUGUUGAGCAAGAUGAGAGAGUAUAAGGCUAAAGAUGCUUCAGACAUUUUGAAUUUGGCCAUGAGUCGGUCACCUAGGAACACCGCGUUGAGAAAAGAAUUAGAACAUAGGAAAAAGGAGUUGAAUCUACACAUUAAGAUUGCUAGUUGUGCCAAGACUCAUCAGUACAAGACACCUAACGCCAAUUCCUUCGCGCUCUUGACACAGUGGCAGGGCGUGGCAGUCGCUACUCCUGAAGAACCUGAUCACGUGAUGAAYUUCUUGUUGUCUAUACAACAGUACGACCUGGCGGCGGACUGGGCMGAGAUGCAUGCGCUGCCGCACGAAUUUCAUAAGGCCAUCAAAGAAAGCCAUCUCAAACACCUACUAGAAAGCAGCCCAGAAGACACCAUGAAGGCGUACCGCAUCCUCGAAGGUAUCCAGGAACAGCACAUGGCCUUAGAAGUCUGUGAUUCUUUACUGCAACAAAACCUUCACGUCAGUCAGACCCUCUUCAUCAUCCAGUUCAUGUUGACCAAUCUACGUCCCCACCUCUCCCCCAUCAGGAUUGAAGAACUACUUCUGACAAAGAUGGGUGCCAAGGCACUACUGUGUAUACCAGAUAUGGCUAGGCCAGCAUAUGAACAUCUAGUGUCUCGGCCCAACUUACUGCUCGAACAGCUUCUCAUGAACCUGAAAGUUGAGUGGGCAGCGCGCGUGUUUAACCGCCUUCAAGUUGACCUAGCUUUAAUGGGAGAGGAAAAUGACGACGAUGAAGGUGCAAGGCGUCAUGGGUGUACUGUUAAGGUAUUUGAUGGCCUCCUUGCUCGAUACGCUGCAAAGGCGCUGGAGUUUCAAGUCGUGCAAGCAGAGAAUAGACAAGAAAUCCCAACCGGGUCUCAAGUGUUUCAMCCCACUCCUCCCUCAUCGCCAACGCCUUCCGCAACAAGCUUCGGAGGUCGUCACACCCCAAUACCAAUCUCAGGCCGUGAGACACCAAAUCCAAAUAAAGACAUCUUGAAGGACAAGAUAGCGAACCAAGAAUAUGGGCGUGGCAGCUUGCAACGAUCGGUAUCGUCGAUUACCGCGGACACCCUCAGAAGGACUGGUCAGCCAUCGUAUGUUCCUCCGGCCAUUCCUCCGCGCAAGGAAGAAUGGAUGCCAGACGCUCAAGUUCUUGACUGUAUCAUAUGUAAGGAGCCCUUUGGUAUGUUUAAUCGUCGUCAUCAUUGUCGUCGUUGUGGUCGUGUAGUGUGUGGCACGUGCUCCAAGCAUAGUUGUGUUGUACARGGUUUUGGUAAGACACCGGUGCGCGUGUGUAACACGUGCUAUGAACACUUCUACGAUAAGAAGCUGCAUAAAGAACAAGUAGAAACCGCCCACACUUCUCCAGCCUCCAAAAGCCCUGCGCGUCCAGGAGGUGUUGGUUCCCUGGAGAGAAGCGUGGCGCAGGACAGCGUGGUUGGUAGCUAUACCGGUGCUUACGUCGCCGAGGCUCAAGCAGACCCUAUAGUUGUCAAUAAAUGGAAAUUAACUCUGGAGCCAGAGAACAAUCUGUCCGUACGAGACGAGUUUUACUACGAACAGGCCCCCAGCUCGUCUCUGUGUAUCGCCAUCCUAGACCUUCACAGCGAUAACUCSGUCUGUGGUCGCCUUCUACUGGAUCUCUGCAACACGUUAUCGAAGAAACUCGURGCUAUAAGACCAGGRGUGAGGAACGAAGAGGUGGACCAUAAUCUUAUUAUCAGCAUGAUUCGAUAUUUACUCUUCAACGCCAAACUCAAAAUGAUCAAAGCAGGCGAGACACAAGGAGUSGAGUUGUGUGACACGUAUCUCGGCCACGUGGAACUGAUGAAGUUCCUUGCGGAAUCAAAUUGUGGAGACAUUCCUUCGUUACAGGACCUGAUACGUCCUGACUCUGCCAGGCGUCUUCGUGAUCGUUUCAUAGAAGAUGAACGUCUCACCCUUGCCAUGGAGGUAUCAACCAAAUGUGGUCUGGACCCCUCUGGUGUCUGGGCUGCUGCUGGCUUUGCCUGUUUAAAGGCUGGUGAUCUGGCCUUUGCUAGAGACAAGUUUGCCAAAUGUAUGAAGCCAAAUGAAGGAAAGCAGCAACAAAACUCCCAGUUCCUGGAUAAAGUAUUGGAUAUUUUACAACACUCUCCUCUCAUCUCAUUUCCUCAGACGACAAACGAACUUUUGUCACCACUCCAUUGUCUUGCUGAACACGCCAAGAAUGUAUCCCAUGGAAGCGUUCUCGACAGCAAGCGGUUUGACGAGUGUCUGUAUUAUCUGCACACCUAUGGCAAUGAUGCUUCUAUUGUAGCGUUCUAUGUUCGCCACGCGCAAAUCAGAUUAGCCUGUAGAUACAUACUAGAAAAGAAACCCUCUCCAGAGGUGUUCGUAGAGAGUCUGCUCAUGCGUCUGGUUAGUAAAGGCAAUCUGACCGCGCUUAAAGAACAAAUGGAAACAGCUGACCCAACACUGCAGUCCUGGAUGACCUAUCUAACAGCUGCUUGUCGGUACCUUCACAAGCGAGGCUACCACCAUCUGCUCUAUGAUUUACAGCUCUUCAUGAAAGAUUAUUUUCGUGCUGCUCAGACGUGUAUUCGUUUCUUCGAGGGUGCUGCUGGAGGCAAUGUGUCAACCUACGAGAAUCUGUUUUCCCGCCUUGAAUACCUCAGCAAAGCACGUGGUCAUCUMGAGACGGUCAUCAUCGAGAAAAAAUCCCCACGUGGUUCGRCAUUGAGCGCGGGCGCAUGGCUUCGCAGYCAUGGGAGCAUGCGCAGGAAGUCUCAAGAAGAGAUGCAGCACGUGACGGUCACGUUGUCAGRCCUCAACAGUCACGUGAACACCAUCAACCUGCAAUUCGAAGUGACGAAUUUUAUUCAUAAAUGUUUGGUGGAGGGGACGAGUGCUUCKAGUCUCAGGUCGAAUGACGAUACCAGAUUGCCGACGUUAUUUGGAAAUGGUCAUGCUAGAGCUGAACUGGCURUCCAGGUUCUGUUAUCCGGUUCUACGAUACAAGAUGGUUUCUCUCUUGCGUGUCGCAUCAUCCAGGACUAUAACCUACCCGCGUCCCGCGUUUAUGUGGACGCUGGUCGGGCUCUCGCUCGUCAGUACAGGUUUAACCACAUYCAACAGCUGCUGAAAUGUGUUGGUGAAGUAGGACUGGUCACUGACAAAUGCCACGAUGACAUCAUACUGGCCUGCGUGCGCAUCGCAUCCGCUGAUCAAAAUCAGGCUAAACAUGUUGAUAACUUAAUCAAGCUUCUGAGAAGCGACGUUAACAUGAUCGACGCAUAUCUGCUUUGCGGCAAGCUCAAAUCUGCGUACCUGAUAGCCGUGAAAGAAAAACGAGUGGAAGCCAUCCAAAUGAUCGCAGAAGAGGCGCAGAAAACAGGACAAACCAAGACACUURGUCUGUGCAAGAAAUGGUUGGAGCAACACCAGAAAAAGGAGGAWACUGAGGAGAGAUCACCCAUGAUGCAACGACGUCAGGCCAAAWAAUAAAUCAAGGAAAGUCCGAACGAUUGCAGUUUAAGAACUAAGAUAAAGUGUAGUGAAAUUUAUAGUUAGUGAAAUUUUUUGAGCUGGGAAAAUUCUCAAGCAGGGGAAACCCCACUGAGUGCAAAGUUAAGUUUUAAUGAUUGGAGAACACUGAUGAUUGGUUAAUUAUUGAAGUUGCUGGGCAACCAACCGCUGACCUUUGCCUCCAURUGACGUCAUCGCCGCCAURUUGGUGAUCGUAAACUAAAUGACCGAUGAUGGAAUAUUAUACUAUGAAUACAAUAGACUAUAUUAUUUUUAUAUUUAAACUAAGUUCAAAAUACGAAAAUCGGAAAUUAUCUCUUAUGAAAAAUGUAGGAUUAAUAGGAUAUUUUUUAAAUUGUGAAUUGUGAAUAAAUAACUCGAGGAAAUAACCAAAAAUAAUUGUAAAWCACUCGAAUAAAGUCAUAGAAAUUAUUUCAAAACAACACAAA